GACCCUAAGCAUGAUGGGACGUUAAUUGCUUAUUUAACUCAGGAACCACACCGGUGUGGUAGCACCUGCUUUCAAUAUACUUUGUAUCCCUCCAUUUCCUCCCGUGUUUCCAUGGUUCCGGAAGUUACCUCUUUGUGUAAACAAAGGAACAGUUGGUUAUAAGGGACUUUUAACCAAUGGUGGUCUUUGAACCAAUAAGAACAGAGAAAGACGAGAUAUAAACUAAUGAGUUGAAUAUCUUGACAAUUUGACAUGUUCAAGACACACUGAAAUGCCUUGAGCUUUUGCACACUAUAACUGCCCUGUCUAUCUCUCUGUCUUUAGAACAGGCUCUAUUUACCUUAGUAAUAAUGUAGAUACCCUAAAAUCAUACUUUCCCCAAAGACUUAAUCUUCAUUAAUAGUCCUUACUAGUUAAGGUGUCUAUCAAUGUGGUUAGUACAACUGAUAGAACAGUCAGUUUACAACAGAAUGUUCCUAUUUUUUUAAUAGAAAAGAGGACAUAUGCUGUAUUUCAAAUCAAAUCAAAUCAAAUUUUAUUUGUCACAUACACAUGGUUAGCAGAUGUUAAUGCGAGUGUAGCGAAAUGCUUGUGGAUUUCAUGGAUACAUCUAUUUAUCAUUGUGUCCAGUCAUUUCUAUGCUGUAUUUGAGUUGCUUGGCUAUAUUUUUGUUUGUUUGUUUGUUUUCAUAAACAUUCUGCUUUAAAAAAAAAAAAAAACCUUGCUUUCAAUCUAGAUAUAAAAUUGUGUUUAAAUCAUUGACUUUGCACUGAAAUGUUCAGAAAUUAGUUGUAUUAGUUUUGUGGGGGAAACUAACAAGAAAAUAACUUCAGUUUCUUGUCAUGAUACGGUCAGAAUUUUUGAGAAAUCUAUUCUAUUAUCUGUAUAUUCUAAAUCUAUUCUAUUAUCUGUAUAUUCUAAAUCUAUUCUAUUAUCUCUAUAUUCUAAAUCUAUUCUAUUAUCUCUAUAUUCUAAAUCUAUUCUAUUAUCUGUAUAUUCUAAAUCUAUUCUAUUAUCUGUCUAUUCUAAAUCUAUUAUCUCUUUGAGAGAGAUUGUUCAUGGUUGAAAAAGUGAAAAAAAAGUGGUCUUGUUGGAAAAACUCACAUUGAGAGAAUGAGAGCAUUUUAUCCAAAGCCUGUAUAGUUUACAUAAAUGUCCAUCUUGUAAUUUGUAUUUUUUUUCUUUGGGAGUGUGUUUUUGAUUUGAUUAUGAAUUAAAGAUGGCAACAACCUAAUCUUGUUCCUGUUUUAGGCCUACUUUUGUGUAUGCCAUAUAGGGCUAGAUUUCAGUUAUCCACCCCUUCCUUGCCUCAGAGAAAAGUCAGGAAAGCAAAUAUCUUUUAUCUAACCUCUUGUCUCUCAAUGUAAAUGUAUAUUGAAUUGACCCAGUUGGCUAAAAAUAAUUUAGAAACUUUUGCACUUUUGACACAGGCAGGGUAUAUCCUAGGCCCAGGGCUGUCUCUGGGCCUACACUUUGCACCUUUUUAAAUACGGAACUCUCAAUAAAUCCUGAUCAGAUUAAUCAAUAUAAUCGUACAAAUCAUGUUAGGGAGCAAUUUCGCAAAUGGGUUUUUAAGUUGGUGUUGAGCAGCAUGUUCUCAAUGACAGAUAAUCCAGAAUGUGACCAGACAUCCUGAAUACAGAAGCUAUUUAACUAGGAUCAGACAUAAUAAGAUCAAGCUAUGACGUUUGGGCUUUGAUUGAGAUGGGAUACAGACAGCAAAGGACCUUCUUUUUCUGUAGUUUCUUGGUCAUAUGGUGGAGAGCGUGCGUUUUAAAUUAAGCACCAUGGACAGCACCACUGCCGUCGGCACACCUUGGCGCUUCGGCCCGACUUUGAACUCUACUUCUCCGGGACUCAAAUCUAGUACUGUGGCGCCCACGAUUUUUCCACGGGCAGGCUACAGCAUCCUCUCCUAUCUUAUGUUCAUCAAUGCAAUUUUCUCUGUUUUUAACAAUACUCUGGUAAUAACAGUGUUGGUGAAGAAUCGUACUCUCCUCAACCCAAUGAAUGUGAUCAUCCUCAGUUUAGCCGUGUCCGAUUUGAUGAUAGCCUUGUGCGGUUCGUCGAUCGUCACCAUUACCAACUAUCAUGGUUCAUUCUUUCUUGGCGACGAGUUCUGCAUCUUUCAAGGAUUUGCUGUCAACUAUUUCGGUCUGGUGUCGAUGUGCACGUUAACACUGCUGGCGUACGAGCGCUACAUCGUGGUAUGUAAGCCCAUGGCAGGCUUCAAGAUGAACAUACGUCGGAGCUUUCAGGGGCUCCUGGGGGUCUGGCUGUUCUGUUUGUUCUGGGCCGUGCCUCCACUGCUGGGUUGGAGCUCCUAUGGACCCGAGGGCGUCCAGACCUCCUGCUCUCUGGGCUGGGAGGAGAGGUCCUGGAGUAACUAUAGUUACCUGAUCCUGUACACGCUGUUCUGCUUCCUCCUGCCUGUCGCAAUCAUCAUCUACUGUUACGCCAAUGUCCUCACCUCCAUGAGACAGCUUAACCGUAGUACAGAGUUGCAGGGCGGUCGUCCCUGUCUGCAGGACAACGAGCGGGCGGUAAGGAUAGUGCUGGCCAUGAUCGGGGCCUUCUUUGUCUGCUGGCUGCCCUACACAGCCCUGUCCGUGGUGGUUGUGGUGGACCCAGAGCUCCACAUCCCUCCGCUGGUGGCUACCAUGCCUAUGUACUUCGCCAAGACCAGUCCUGUCUACAACCCCAUCAUCUACUUCCUAAGCAACAGGCAGUUCCGUGAUGCCACUCUGGAAGUCCUCUCCUGUGGGCGCUACAUUUCCCACGACCCGGCCACCGACACCGUCCCCAUGCGCUCCAUGACCCUGAGGACCACGGUGGGCAGAAGGGUGGGCAGAAAAAAACAAGGGAUCAGUGCACACAGCAGGGUGCUUCCUCUGUGACUCCUCUCUCCUCCGUCUCCUAAAUCUCCAUCUCCUCCAUCUCCUAAAUCUCCAUCUCCUCCAUCU